UUGGAUCUCAGUGGAGAAGUCCCGCUGCUCUGGUUCUUCACCGCUCCAUAUAGACACGCCUAAAACCUAACGUACAUAUUUAAAAAAAAAAAAAAAACAUUAACUAUAACUAACAGUCAAAAGAAAAAGGAGAGAAAGAAGGGAAACAUUACUGGGUUACUAUGCACUUGCGACUGAUUUCUUGGUUUUUUAUCAUUUUGAACUUUAUGGAAUACAUCGGCAGCCAAAACGCCUCCCGGGGAAGGCGCCAGCGAAGAAUGCAUCCUAACGUCAGCCAAGGCUGCCAAGGAGGCUGUGCGACGUGUUCAGAUUACAAUGGAUGUUUGUCAUGUAAGCCCAGACUAUUUUUUGUUCUGGAAAGAAUUGGCAUGAAGCAGAUAGGAGUGUGUCUCUCUUCAUGUCCAAGUGGAUAUUACGGAACUCGAUAUCCAGAUAUAAAUAAGUGUACAAAAUGCAAAGCUGACUGUGAUACUUGUUUCAACAAAAAUUUCUGCACAAAGUGUAAAAGUGGAUUUUACUUACACCUUGGAAAGUGCCUUGACAGUUGCCCAGAAGGGUUAGAAGCCAACAACCAUACUAUGGAAUGCGUCAGUAUUGUGCACUGUGAGGCCAGUGAGUGGGGACCCUGGAGUCCAUGCAUGAAGAAAGGAAAAACAUGUGGCUUCAAAAGAGGGACUGAAACCCGGGUCCGAGAAAUACUACAGCAUCCUUCCGCCAAGGGUAACCUGUGUCCCCCAACCAGCGAGACAAGGACGUGUAUAGUACAAAGAAAGAAGUGCUCAAAGGGAGAGCGAGGAAAAAAAGGAAGGGAGAGAAAACGGAAAAAACUCAAUAAAGAAGAGAGAAAGGAUACAAGCUCUGACAGCAAAGGCUUGGAGUCCAGCAGAGAGAGCCCCGAGCCGCGGGAAAACAGAGACAGACAGCAGCCGAAGAGAAAAGCCCAAGAGAAACCACAGAAAUCGGUAUCAGUCAGCACUGUACACUAGAGGGUCCCGUGAGGUUACUGUAGACUCAUGAUGCUGCUAUCUCAACCAGAUGCCCAGGACAGGUGUUCUAGCCAUUAGGACCACAAAUGGACAACACAUCAGCUACCGCUCUGUCUAAACAACAUUCCGAAUAGUUGCUAUAUUCUUCAUACAAGCGUAGUUAACGGCAAAGAGCCAAGCGUUCAAAGAAGGGAUACUCUCAGAUGGUUAUCUUACAUGCUUCUGUGUAUUUUUAAAAGAUGAGAAAAUUUGUACAUAAUUAUCAAUAAGCAAUAAGCUAUCCUCAAUGUAAUGAUGAUACCCAGAGAAGAAACAUCUUUUCCCUGUAAGAAUUAUUCUUCAAGUAAUUGUCUUUAAGAAGCAAAAGAUAAUUCUGCAACUUCAGACAAGCAGUGUCCCUCCAAACAAGGGUCAGGGGAGAGAAACAUCACUCCAAGCACAGGGUGGAUUUGUCCAGAUCUAGUGAAUGCUCAGAAUUAAGGCCUGGCAUUUGGAAUCCUAGAGUUUAUCAUCCAAGAAGCAAGUAUUUUUAAGAUUAUUUCUAUUGCCCUCGUCCUGUACUUUUGCAAGAAACUGAGUGUGCAUAACAGAGUUAAAUAGACUGUGUGGGAUGGGAGUAAGGCAAACUGUGGAAGAAAUCAUAGAGGUCGAGAUUAUCUGUGCUUUCCAGUACUGUGAAGGGUUGUGAUCACCUGGAACAGGUCUCCAUUCUAUGUUAGCACUGUGUGGUUGAUCAUCUGCUACACCUCGGUUUAUAUAAGUCUGUAAACAUGUACCUGUAACUUUCUUCCAAAAGCAAAACCAUACGUAUUAGAAGAAAAUUCUGACUUUAUAGAAAACAAAACUAGAGUGAGGAGAAUGUGACAUGUUUGCAAAAGUGUGUAUUUUCUUUCUUAAGGAAGGAAAAACAAUUUUAUUACCUGCUUAAGGGUCCACCUGAAGCUAAAGGGUUACUACUUUCUAACAAGGUGUAUCUAGUAGGGGAGAAAGCCACCACAAUAAAUAUAUUUGUUAAUAGUUUUUAAA